CAAAUUGAUCCUUUAACAUUACUUCUCUUUUUCUGCAUUCAAAUGGGAUGGAGUGCUUAGCUUUAUCUGUUUGUCAAAGUCCAUAGUCUUUUGGUUUUCGCUGUUGACCAGGAUUUUUCCUGGUCAUUUCUCCCCUUACAAUUUCUCUAAUAUACCAGAAGACUUACACAGCUGGCAUUGACCUUGUGCUUUAUAUCAUGAUGAUGAUCUAACAACCUACUCUACACAAAGAAGACUGGCUUGUUUGUUCUUUAAUUUGUUCCUUCAAUUUCAAUUUUUCAAAUGGGUAGUGGCAAUCUCACUAGGCUACUCUUGCAGAAGAUCUUAUGCAGCAGAAGGAAACUUCAUUCUGUGGCCAUAAGAAUAGCUCAUGCAGAUGAUAUAACUAUAAGGCCAGGUGCUCCCCAUGCUAUCCACACGUUAAAUUGGUGUGCCUCAGUGAAAGAGAAGUUGAAAAAUGAUGAAAUUCCUGGAGAGAGCAACAGUGUCUGCAUUUACAAGGUGCCUCCAGACAUGCGUCUAGUGAAGAAGAAGGCAUAUGAACCCAGUAUUGUCUCAAUAGGUCCUUACCACCAUGGAGAACCACGGCUACAAGCCAUGGAAGAGCUCAAAUGGCGAUACUUUCAUCAUCUCUUUAAUCCAAAACAGCAGCAUGGAGUAGAAUUAGAGCCCGUGAUGGAAGCAAUGGAAAAGUUGGAAGAGAAAGCUCUGAGCUGUUACAGUGAUGAAGUUAAACUUAGCAAAGGCCAAUUUGCUAAGAUGAUGCUUAUAGAUGGCUGCUUCAUCAUCGAACUCUUCAAAGAGCUCAAUCAGAAGCAAAAUUUCACAGAGCAGAAAUUGGAUAUUGAUGAGGAGUGUUCCUUAAUCAAAAGGUGGAUGCUACCAACUCUGCGCCGUGAUCUAAUCAUGCUUGAAAAUCAGCUCCCCCUGUUUGUUUUGUGUGAACUGUUCCAGUUAAUUACAAAUAGCAGUAGUUCUACAGAAGCAACCCCAUCAUUGCAAGAGCUUGCUCUUCGCUUCUUUAACCCUCUCUUGCAAAGAAAUUACUCAGGUACACAAGAAAAUCAAGGAAACCAACCAAACUUAUUAGAUGAAUCUACAUUGAAAGGGUUGGAAGGAAAGCAUUUUCUUGAUCUUUUCCGCUCUAGCAUCCUCCCAAACCUCCCAGAGAAAGAUGCACUAGGUAAGCAAACUCACAUGAUGCGCUCCAUAUCAGAGCUAAAAGAGGUUGGUGUUAAGAUUACCAAAGCUAAAAAUCAUCAGAGUCCAUUGGAUAUAAGCUUCGGGAAGUGGAAGUUGAAUAUGGGAAAGAAGCUGACAAUUCCUCCUUUAUACAUUGAUGAUCAUAGAGGCACUUUGUUUCGAAACAUGUUGGCAUUUGAGAAAUGUCACCAGUUUUGCCAUCCAGAUGUCACAUCAUACUUGUUUUUCUUUGAUGGACUCAUUAAUUCAGCUAAAGAUGUAGGGCUUCUCCAUUAUAAAGGGAUUCUCUAUCAUUCACUGGGGAGCAAUAGGGAGGUGGCAAAACUUGUCAACAAUCUUUGCAAGGAAGUGGUUCCGGAUAAUGAUGAGUCCUAUUUAUAUAAGGUUGUGAACAAUACCAAUUCUUACUUCAAUACUAGGUAUGCCAGAAAAAGAGCAGUAUUAGUGCACCACUAUUUCAGCAGCUGGCUUGUGGGUAUCUCAACUUUAGGUGCAAUCUUUGCUCUUUACCUGACCCUUAUUCAGACAGCCUCUGGAGUUGCUAGUGCUCUGGAUCCCUUGCAUAACAACAACUUCUGUUCAUAUAUAAGAGAUUCCAUUUUACUACCAUUUUCUGGUAAUCCUAGCACCCCCCCAAAUGGUCCAACUGUAGGGAAGAUUAACUAAAGCGACUAGUGUUGCGAAUGUUUGUGUACUUAUUUGGAAAAUUUGUUGAAAGGGAUCGAUGAGACAAAAAAUGAUUAAUAAUAUCAUGUAUUUACUUUCUUUCUUUUUUGCUGAAUAA